ACGGGGUUUCACCGUGUUAGCCAGGAUGGUCUCGAUCUCCUGACCUCGCGAUCCGCCCGCCUCGGCCUCCCAAAGUGCUGGGAUUACAGGCGUGAGCCACCGCGCCCGGCCUCAGCUGGUUUUUCAAAAGUCAUGGCGUGUAAUUGUCAGAACAGUGAACUUCGGAGAUCCACCGGAGGGGCGAGGCCACAGCUCAACCGCGAGCACCUGAGCAUCCUGCACCGCCUGCGACGGCCGUCAGGGGGCGCGAUGCCGCCUCACAGAACCUCAAGAGGCGCCCGGGUUCCGGCACAGAAGCCCGGCGGCUCCAGGGGGCGGAGCCGAGCCGCCUCCUCAGGACCUACGCAGGAGGCGCCGUCAUCCCUACAGGGACACCUGAGAGGACCCAGCCUCCUCCUCCUCAGGACCCACUCGGGAGACGCCGCUGGCUCUAUAGGAACACCUGGGGACCGUGGCCAGGGACCACCCAGCCUCCUUCUCCUCAGCUCCUCAGGAACGACUGGGGAAGCUGUGGCUUCAUGGUCCCCGAGGCUGCCCGAGGAAAGGUAUUUCAGGACAGCCAGGAGGGGGCGCACAUCCGCCAAGAAACUGUGGGGCACAUCCGCCAAGAAACGGUCUGUGCUGAACCAUGGUGCCACCAGAGGGCGGGCGAUCCCGCCCCAACCAACUUCCCGCGGAGGUGCCAGAAGCAGCAAGGAGCUUCAACUUCCCCACUGCAGCACGAGGGUCGUGUUACCUUGGUGUUCUUCAUUGGUGGGACCAUCCAGUUUCAGGAAAACAAGCUUAACACGCCCACUGAUUCUACAUUAUGCUCCUACCUCCCGGCAGCCUCGCCAGGCCCAGAACUCUCUCCGGUCAGCCUCUACAGACCAAGCUCAUGACUCACAAUGGCCUAUUUAGGCCCAUACCCUACCUCACGGCAGUCUCCGCAGAUGAGCCUACUGCCUCACAACAGCCUCCACAGGCACAGCUCCAUCGUUCCAAUGGCCUCUUUAGACCCAGCUCCUGCCGCCCAGCCUUCUCUCCAGGCCCUGAACUUUCUCCGUAAGUUGAGGUAGCUGGGACUGUAGGUAUACAUGAUGAUACUUGGCUAAUUUUUAAAUUGUUUUGCAGACAUGGGGUCUCACUUUGUUGGCCAGGCUGCUGUCAAACUAAUGGCCUCAAGUGACCCUUCCACCCCUGCCUCCCAUCCUCGAGGUAUGUGCCACCACAAGGAGCACUUGUUCAAUUUUCUAAAGAAAAAAUUUCUAAAGUAAGGCUGUGGGAUGAUGGCAGGAAGAUAAAAGAAAAACAGAAGAAUAAGUUAAAAUGACUUAUUCACACAUAUUCUUUUGACAGCAAGAAGAACUGUUAGUAUAUACAUUCCUUACAAACAAACAAACGGCAGACAAACAAUGUUGUAUAGGAACUUCAACACACACUGUACAAUAUUUCCACUUUGCUGACAUAAGUUAUGGAAAUUUCGUGGUUUACUUGAGUGUCGCUACCAGUAUUUUGCUCCUCUGAUGAUUUUUAUCAACUUCCUCAUCUGUUAACUUCUCUCCAAAGUAUGUCAUGUCACGACAUACUGCCGCUGCACGAACACGGCCAGUGUCUUCCUAUUAAACAUGUAGAAUGCUUUCCUAAUUUCUCCUUUUACUCUCUGUCUUUGUGUUCUGCA